AUUUUUAAAUUAAACUAACUGUGUAAUUACACUUGUGCAACCAAACAACACGCUUGUAAUUACACAAUAAUUACAUUAUGACAAACAAACAGGUCAUUGUAAUUACAAUACUGUGUAAUUACUAGGCUGUGUAAUUACUAGGGUAGUAAUUACACCAAUUCCAAUUACCAGGUGACUUUCCAAAUAGGCUCUAAGUCAUUUUGGCAUGUUAUGACUUACGGUUACGUGAUUUAUGGGUUAUGCUUUACUGCAUAUUUUUUUUUUUUUACUAUAUUUGGUAUUUUGUAUAGGUUUUGUAAGUUUUCUAAUGUUAGGUUUUGCAAACUUAAAAGUAUCAUUAUGUUUUGUAAAUACACCCUCUAUGUAUAUAUAUGUUUUUCUCCCUAACCUACUUACUACUACGUCAAAGUUUUCAUAAAUAGGGAACGUACAUUUCAAAGGGAACACGAAUAGUAGAUAUCCAUUUUCUUCUAAUUGCCUUUUCAAAAGUUUCAUUACCCUAUUAAAAAAAUUCAGAAGGUAAAAAAAUAAAAAAACAAAAAGAGGAAAGGAAGUAGCAAGUAAGAACUGAGUUCCUAUCUCGGAUGCACAAAAAAGGUGUUGGUAGUCAACUAAUGCAAUAUGUGUUGACUUUAUCAAUUACAUUUGUCAAGGACAAGAAGACUAGUGCUAGUGAGCAAGUCUUCACACUUCAUUUCCUUUAAUUUGUCUACCAUCCAAUCCAUUUCUUUGAAUUCAUAUAUUUACUCACCUAUUUACUAGGAAAUUACUUGUUCUCAUCAAGCUCAAAACAAUACAGAUCUGCAAUUAUUAUUAUUUUUUUGGCUAUAUUUGACCUUGUUAGUCUUGCAAAAAAUGGGAGAGAACAAUUGCUGGGAGAGAGAAGUAGUGAUCACUGAGCUAACCAAGGGGAGGGAAUUGAUGUUGCAGUUGCAAAACCACUUUGAUCCCAUGAAACAGGAUGUGUGCCAGUAUUUAGCUGUGGAAAUAGUUUCUUCCUAUGAUAAAGCAUUGUCCCUAUUAAAUGGCACAGCUUUAUCAGGGAUGAUAAGCAAAGGUGAAAAGAUUAUUAAUCCAGAACCAUCUUCAUCAACUGCCAAGCUUCAAUCUCCUCAACUUCUGGCUGAUAGUAGCACAAAGAGUUGCGACCGUCCUUUUAACUCUAGGAAGAGGAAGAUGGUGUCACGAAGGACAGAGUACGUACAUGCUCGAUCUGGAGAAGAGGUUCCACCUGAGGAUGGAUACAGUUGGAGAAAAUAUGGACAGAAACAUAUUUUAAGGGCAAAAUAUCCCAGAGAAUAUUAUCGAUGUGCUCGUCGUGGUUUAUCUAAUUGUGGGGCUACUAAGAUGGUCCAGAAAAGUGAGACAGAGCCAUCGGUUUUUGAAGUUACCUAUGGAGGAAGUCACAGUUGUGGUCAAGAAAACAAAAACCAAAAUGAAGAACUACUACUUGCUGUGCCAACAAAAGAAACACAAUUAGGUACUGAAGUUGGAAGAUCAGGAGGGAAAACAUCUGAAUGCUAUACUCCUGAGAUGGUUUCAACCCCAAAUAAUUCAUUCAACAAUUCCUCAACAGGGGUUGUAUUUUCAAACUCCAAUUCUCUAUUCAACAUCACCAAUGCCGACUUCAUAACCACACCGACUUCUUCACCUCGUUCAGACAGGAACUUGUCACUUGACAAUACUAGUUUCAGUGCAGCCUUCUAUGAUGAAGAGCCUCAAAAUGACUGGAGUUUGUCAUUUGAUGAUUGUUUACCCCGAAUUUAGGUAACCAAUUAAAUUUGUAAGUGAGGUAUAAGAUAUGUGGAUGAACUUUAAUCUAUUUUGGGUUUAUAGGAAAUAAUUCGAGAUUUGC